AUGCGUCUCCGGGCGGUGCGCCUCUGCGGGCUCCUGGCGGCGCUGUGCGGGCUCCUGGACGUGCGCUCCUGCGGGGCUUACACGUGUCCGCGCAUCUGCCGCUGCAGCCCGGACACUUUCCAGUGCAGCCGGGACUCUCAGCUGGCCUCCCGCCGGACAGCCUCCAGAUCCAUGGCUCGACUGAGGUUCACUCAUCUGCCCUUGAAACAAGUCCCCACUCAUGCCUUCAGGGAGCUGAUCAACAUCACGGUGAUUGAGAUUUCCCAGAGCGACUGCAUCACGCAGAUCCAGCGACACGCCUUCCUCUCCCUCCACAGCCUGGCACAAAUUUCUGUUCAGAACAUCAACCGUCUUAGGUCUAUUGAAAAAGGGGCCUUCACCGACCUACCCAAACUGGAAUAUUUGAGCAUCUCUAACACAGGGAUGACAAAUUUCCCAGACUUUACAACCAUCUCGUCGUUGGUGCCUAAUAUCAUUCUGGAGAUGGAAGACAACAUGAGGAUCGACUUCAUUCCUGCCAACUCCUUCCAGGGUCUCACAGACGAGUAUGUUGACAUGAACCUGGUUAGAAACGGCUUCAAGGAAAUUAAGUCUCAUGCAUUUAAUGGAACCAAGCUCAACACAUUGAUUCUGAGGGAUAACAGGUAUCUCAGUUACAUUCAAGAAGAUGCUUUUGAAGGAGCCACAGGUCCAAGUUCUCUGGAUGUUUCCUCCACAGCUCUGAGUUCCCUCCCACCUAAAGGGUUAAGGCAAGUGGGGUUCCUUAAAGCCGGCUCUGCCUUUGCUCUGAAGAGCCUCCCUCAGCUGGACAGCCUGGCUGAACUGCUGGAGGCUGAGUUCACAUACCCCAGCCACUGCUGUGCCUUCCACACAUGGCGUCAGAAAGAAAGGGAAAGUGCCUUGAAGAACUUCACGUUUUGUGAUCUCAGCGAAACAGAAAUAAAACCCACUUCUGAUGGUGCAAAUCCUCUUGACGACAUCAACUUCCAGUAUCUUGACCUGGAGUUCGAUUGUCUUAUCAACCCUAUCAUCAAGUGCACCCCGAAGCCAGACGCCUUCAACCCUUGUGAGGACCUGCUGGGCUUUCCCUUCCUGCGCUGCCUCACCUGGAUAAUCUCUAUUUUUGCUGUUACCGGAAACCUGGCUGUUCUAGUUAUUCUUCUCAUCAGUCACCACAAGCUAACCAUCUCCCGGUUUCUCAUGUGCAACCUGGCUUUUGCCGAUCUGUGUAUGGGGCUCUACCUGAUGCUCAUCGCCUUCAUGGAUCACUACUCCCGUCACGAGUACUACAACCAUGCCACCGACUGGCAGUUGGGGCCUGGGUGUGGCAUAGCAGGGUUUCUGACCGUGUUUGCCAGUGAGCUAUCAGUGUAUACACUGACUGUGAUCAGCAUUGAACGCUGGCACACCAUCAUCAACGCCAUGCAUGUCAACAAGAGGCUGCGGAUGCACCAUGUGACGACCAUGAUGGGGGUGGGUUGGGGUUUCUCUCUACUGGUUGCCCUGCUCCCUCUAGUGGGGGUCAGCAGUUACAGCAAAGUGAGCAUCUGUCUCCCCAUGGACAUCGACACGCUGGGCUCACAGGUCUACGUGGUGGCUGUGCUCAUCCUCAACGUAGUCGCUUUCAUCGUAGUCUGCUACUGUUACAUUUGCAUAUACCUGAGCGUUCACAACCCAGAGCAGUCGUCUACUCGUCACGGAGACGCCAAGAUUGCCAAACGCAUGGCUGUGCUCAUUUUCACUGAUUUUAUUUGUAUGGCGCCAAUCUCAUUCUUCGCCAUCUCUGCAGCCCUACGCAUGCCUCUCAUAACCGUCUCUCACUCAAAGAUCCUGCUCAUCCUUUUUUAUCCCAUCAACUCCCUCUGCAACCCUUUCUUAUACACCAUCUUCACUCGGGCUUUCAGGAAGGACGUGCGCCUGCUGCUGAGUCGCUGCUGCUGCUGCCAGGCCAGCACCGACUUCUACAGGUCACAGACUAUGGCCUCACACCUCACCCAUAACCAAAAGAGGUCCAACAGAAAUCCUCACUCCCAUAGCUUCUAUGCCUAUCACAUCAAGAUGAAGGGCUGCUUUCUAAACAAGGGAACCACAUGACCCUCGAAAUAAGAGAAGAGAAUAAGAGAAUUUUGUUAUGAACUUAAAGGCAGCAUCAGCUGUCUCGUGAAAAAUGUAGCAUUUCUUCAAAAGUUAGGUCAGAUCGUGUCUUGUCUGUGGCAGGCGUCACAUUGGCUUCUUUUACAAUGUGAGAUUUUUAUCAGUCAGGACCAACAGACCACAUGCUGAAGGUAACAAGUGCUGCAGCCUCCACUUCCACAGGUGAUGUGCAAAGCAGCAGAUGGAGCAGGAACUAAUCCAACAGGCCAGCUCAUUUGUACAGCUAUCCAAAAAUCACAUGUCUGGUAAUGUAGUGAGAUGAAGUUAUAUCAAACUGCACUUUAGUAAGAUAUUACAAGAACAGAUUUAGUUCUAUUAAAGAUCAAGAAGUGUAAAUAAGAGAUUAUUUAUUUUGCUGUACUUUUGCUGUAGAUUGAGUUCUAAGUUUGAAUGAAUACAAUAAAGUGAAUGUGAGUAAACGUGAGUCUGUUUUAGCUCAUUACAGAUGAGUUUUACUGCCAUCUAUUGGA